AAUAAAGAAACCGAAACAAGCACAGUUAUUGUGUUAAAGUGCGUGUCAAACCUCUAUUAAAGAGACAUGCUAAAGUAAAACGGCGAAUAAAAGAAGGAUAAACCGGAUGUGUGUUUCCGUGGGUUCCUUCAAGCAGCAGCUGGCUGUGAGCGUCACUGAGACAGACAGUUGAAAGUCACAGCAGUUUCUUCCAGGGUGUUUCUGGCUCUUCAGAGAGCCGUAGUCAGCAGAAUCGACCGGACUCUGAGUCGGACUUUUGGACUCUACCUGCAACCCAGCUCAGCCGUUCUGUGAGACAUGAAGAGGAGACUCCUGCUGGUGUCCAACUCCACUCUGCACGGCAGCGGAUACCUGGACCACUGUCAGCAGCACAUCUCCAGCUUCUUUGGAAAGAAUGUGAAGAGAGUGCUGUUUGUUCCCUAUGCCCUCCAUGACAGAGACGGCUACACAAAGACUGCCAGGGACAAGUUCAAAUCUUUAGGUUAUGAAGUUGAUGGCAUCCAUGAGGUGGCAGACCCUGUGGAAGCAGUCCAAAAGGCAGAAGGCAUAUUUAUUGGAGGAGGCAACACUUUUCGGCUGCUCAAGAGCCUUUACGACAACAAUGUGGUGACGGAGAUCAGGAAGAGAGUAAUGGAGGACGGUGUCCCGUAUAUGGGCUCCAGUGCCGGCACCAAUGUGGCAACCAUCAGUAUAAGCACCACCAAUGACAUGCCUAUUGUUUUUCCUCCAACCUUCUCCGCCAUCGGCCUCAUCCCCUUCAACAUCAACCCGCACUACCUGGACUCCGACCCCAACAGCCACCACAUGGGGGAGACCAGGGAGCAGAGGAUAACCCAGUACCACGAAGAACCCAAUACUCCAUGUGUUCUGGGACUGAGGGAAGGCUCCAUGCUGCUGGUGGAGGGCAAAAAAGCCACACUGUUGGGAACUACAAAGGCCCGACUUUUCACCAGUGGGAAGCCUUCAGUGGAGUACGAUCCAGGGAGCGACCUCAGCUUCCUGCUGACAGACGCACAAUGAGAAGCUGAAGAGAAGCAGGAUGUUGUGACAGAUGUAACCAAACAAAAUAAAAAUCUAAGGCAAAACAA